UAUUUCAUGUUAGUCUAAUUUGGAAUCAUUUUUUAAUUCCUAGAUGCUUGGGUACAGAGAGCUUGCUCCCUAGAGCCUUGUUUCCUGACAGUGGAGAGUAAAGGAUUAAAUUGAGCUGAAACUAAAUUGAUUGACAUUUUGACACUGCAGAUUGUGAAAAGAAAGGGAAUUUGUUCAACUUUUUAAGACAGUAGCAGAACUAUUCCCUUAAAGGUACCCCAGUUUGCAAAGAUGAUUUAGUUUUUUUUCUUAAAAAAAAAUUAUGAGGCACGUUCUAGCACUUUCCCAAUUUCCUAUCUUACAGUUCAAAGCGAGAAUUUAACUUUGAAAGCUUUUGAAAAGGCCUGGAUGGGGGUGUUAAAAUAGACUCCGCUGAACAGGCACUGGCAGAGGUCUUUUGAGGGGAAACAAAGGACUGUAUGCACUUCUGGGGUGUCACUAUAGGAACCUAUCUAUAAAAGACAAAUAUACAUAUUUAUGAAAUCCUUAUCUUUAGCGUUUUUUAAAUGCCAGAGAUAUUAAGUGUGAAUUGAGUAAGAUACAUUUCCUGCUGACUUCUUUUUCAGACAGAUAUAGAUGAUUACCAUUUCAUCAUUUUCGUAAACGGCAUCAUUUAGUACUGACUCCAAUAAAAUCCCAUCUCUGCUGUCAUGAAGGGAACUGGACUCACCUUAACAGUGCUCUUCUAAACAGCCUGCUGCCUUUUUUUGAUCACUGCCAGGAGGCUGUAAUAAAUUACAGCCUGGAAGAAGUUUCAAACUGGCAAGUUUGCCAGAUAUUUAAAGCAAUUUAUUUCGGGGUGUAUCAGCAGAUUUUUUCUUACACUGCCAUUUGGGUGCCUGCUGACACAGCCUGAAUAAAUCUUUCAAACAUUUUCCUUACUAGAGAUGGAUGAAGACGAUGAUGCACUGGACUCUGGACCUUUAAUUAACUCUUCACUUGCCAACUGGUUCUUUCCUAUUACCAGAUCUGUAGGAAACUUAGAUCCCUAUUUCCAGCAUGAGUUUGCAAUAUUUCAAAUCUCUCAGUGCCUUGGCAACAACUUUAAGUUUUAUGGAAGGCAAAAUAACAAAAGAGUUACUGGUUUUAGGCAUAAAAUAUAUAAUUUAGAUUAUUCAUUUCUAGUAUUUAGAAAAUUGCCAAAUUUCCUAAUAGGAAAAGAGAUCUUAAAAAUUAUAUAAAACAAAGACUUGUUUCUAAUUUUAGUCUCUUUUAUCUUAUAAUAGGAUAGUGAAGUCAUUUUAAAAAUUAUUACUAAUUCUGGCUCUAGAUCCAAAGACAGUUUUAUUGAUAUAGGUUUUACUGAUACAUAAUUUAGUCAGGUAUUCAGAAAAGCAUAACAUGCACAUGCCUGAAAAUAUUUGUUCUCAUGAGACUGGAAGGGCAAGAGAUGAGGGAACUAACUUUUACUGUGUGCCUGCACCAGGCCAGCCCCAUUUGUAAACCACUAUAUAGCAUGCAGGAGAGAGAGGAGAGAUUUAUUUUAUGAAGAGCUACUUCCUGGUCAGGUGAAAGGCAUUGCUCAGUGAGUUGUUAGGAAUAUGAUAAAGCUUAAACUCAUGAAGGCAUCAGGAUAUAGGGUUUGGUAGGAAAAGCCCCACCUAACCCAGAAAUCAUAAAACUGGGGUUCCUAUCUAAGUGAUGUCACUUACAAAUGAGGUCAUCUGACUAGACCCUGAAUAUUUAUUUCUACAUCUGUAAAGUGAGGAUAUACUCUCUAGUCUUCUCCAUCUCCUAGAUCAUUUGGCACGGUAGUUAUCAACCAUGGCUGUACGUUGUAAUCACCCAGGGAGCUUUGAAAAAUAUUGAUGUCUAAGAUCUCAAUCUCAAGAGAUUCUGAUUUGAUUGGUCUAGGGUGCAGCCAAGCAUUGGGGUGUUUAAAAUCCCCACAGGUGAUUCAUAUGUGCAGCUAAGGCUGUGAAUCCUUGGUUUGGAGAAUCGUUAGGAAAGCCCUUUAUAAAUUUACAAGGGUUAGCAGAUGUUAUGGACAAUGUAAAUAGGGUUUUUUCCCCGUCAUAACUUAAAAUGUUCUGCUUCAAAAAAAAAAAAAAAAAUCCAAGGGUCCCUCGGUGGCCCAUUGAGUUAAGCCUCCCACUCUUGAUUUCGGAUCAGGUCACGAUCUCAGGGUCGUGAGAUGAGCCCUGCAUCCGGCUCCCCACUGGAGUGGAGCCUGCUUGGGAUUCUCUCUCUCCCUCUUCUCCCACCCCUCUUCUCUCUUUCUUAAAAAACAAAACAAAACAAAAGCCUAUCUCUGAAUUUCCCUAGCCCUUAAUAUAUAGAAAACCGUUGUUAAGUAUUCGUUGCAUUUGUGAAUGAACGGCCUUUCAAAGUUUUAAGAACAUUUGAAAAAUGGGGUUUCGGGUUCAAUAUGUAGAGUCGUUCAAGAAGCAGGACCUUUCUAUGGAAACAUUCCCAAGAACCACUAGCCUUUCUUGCCCACGCCAAGCUCGCUUCAAUCCCUAACGCGCGUUCCCCACAUACGGAGAUGCACGCAGCAGUGUCGGGUGGGUGCCACGAGCUCCGGGGCGGAGCGCCCAAAGGGCCGACCCUUUCGGCUCUUCGGACUCUUCCCCGCCCUCUGGGCCAGCCCCGCCGCAGGGCCCCGCCCCGGACGCGGGUUGGGGCGGGUUGUUGGCGGCGCCCGGCCGCCGAGACUACACAGCCGAGCCCUAGGGCUACGGCGACUGUCUCCGCGCGGUCCGGGGGGCCCAGUUUGGACGCGGGGAGCCGGGGCUGCCCGCGCCUCUGGCCCGACGGAGCCCGACGCGAGCGCCUCGUGCCCGAGUGGGGCUGGGGCCAGGAUGCGGAGCUGCGAGCCUUGAGCCGGCCCCAUGACCCUGAGCACGUUGGCCCGCGAGAGGAAGGCGUCCCCCGCCUGCACCUGCAGCCUCGGGGGCCCCGACAUGAUCCCUUACUUCUCCGCCAACGCGGUCAUCUCGCAGAACGCCAUCAACCAGCUCAUCAGCGAGAGCUUUCUAACUGUCAAAGGUGCUGCCCUUUUUCUACCACGGGGAAAUGGCUCAUCUGCACCAAGAAUUAGCCACAGACGCAACAAGCAUGCAGGUGAUCUCCAACAGCAUCUCCAAGCAAUGUUCAUAUUACUCCGCCCAGAAGAUAACAUCAGGCUGGCUGUAAGACUAGAAAGUACUUACCAGAAUAGAACACGCUAUAUGGUAGUGGUUUCAACUAAUGGUAGACAAGACACUGAAGAAAGCAUCGUCCUAGGAAUGGAUUUCUCUUCUAAUGACAGUAGCACUUGUACCAUGGGCUUAGUCCUGCCCCUCUGGAGUGAUACCCUAAUUCAUUUGGAUGGUGAUGGUGGGUUCAGUGUAUCAACGGAUAACAGAGUGCACAUAUUCAAACCUGUAUCUGUACAGGCAAUGUGGUCUGCACUACAGAGUUUACACAAGGCUUGUGAAGUGGCCAGAAUGCAUAACUACUACCCAGGCAGCCUGUUUCUCACCUGGGUGAGUUAUUACGAGAGCCACAUCAACUCAGAUCAGUCGUCAGUCAAUGAAUGGAAUGCUAUGCAGGAUGUGCAGUCCCACCGGCCUGACUCUCCAGCUCUCUUCACAGACAUACCAACUGAACGUGAGCGAACAGAAAGAUUAAUUAAAACCAAAUUAAGGGAGAUAAUGAUGCAGAAGGAUUUGGAGAAUAUCACAUCCAAAGAGAUACGAACUGAGUUGGAAAUGCAAAUGGUGUGCAACUUACGAGAAUUCAAGGAAUUUAUAGAUAAUGAAAUGAUAGUGAUCCUUGGUCAAAUGGAUAGCCCUACACAGAUAUUUGAGCAUGUAUUCUUGGGCUCAGAAUGGAAUGCCUCUAAUUUAGAGGAUUUACAGAACCGAGGGGUACGGUAUAUCUUGAAUGUCACUCGAGAGAUAGAUAACUUCUUCCCAGGAGUCUUUGAGUAUCAUAACAUCCGAGUAUAUGAUGAAGAGGCAACGGAUCUCCUGGCUUACUGGAAUGACACUUACAAAUUCAUCUCUAAAGCAAAGAAACAUGGCUCCAAGUGCCUUGUGCACUGCAAAAUGGGGGUGAGUCGCUCAGCCUCCACCGUGAUUGCCUAUGCAAUGAAGGAGUACGGCUGGAAUCUGGACCGGGCCUAUGACUACGUGAAGGAGAGGCGAACGGUGACCAAGCCCAACCCCAGCUUCAUGAGGCAACUGGAAGAGUACCAGGGGAUCUUGCUGGCAAGCAAACAGCGGCAUAACAAGCUCUGGAGAUCUCACUCAGAUAGCGACCUCUCAGACCACCAUGAACCCAUCUGCAAACCAGGGCUAGAACUCAACAAGAAGGAGAUCACCACCUCAGCAGACCAGAUUGCCGAGGUGAAGACCAUGGAGAAUCACCCACCCAUACCUCCUGUCUUUGUGGAACAUGUCGUCCCACAAGAUGAAAAUCAGAAGGGCCUGUGUACCAAAGAAAGAAUGAUUUGCUUGGAGUUUACUUCAAGGGAAUUUCAUGCAGGACAGAUUGAAGAUGAAUUAAAUCUAAAUGACAUCAAUGGAUGCUCAUCAGGGUGUUGUCUCAAUGAAUCAAAAUUCCCUCUUGACAACUGCCAUGCAUCCAAAGCCUUAAUCCAACCUGGACAGGCCCCAGAAAUUGCCAACAAGUUCCCAGACCUAACAGUGGAAGAUUUGGAGACAGAUGCUCUGAAAGCAGAUGUGAACGUCCACUUACUGCCUUUGGAAGAAUUAACAUCUCGCCUGAAAGACAUUCCUAUGUCCCCUGAUCCUGAAUCACCGAGCCCCCAACCUAGUUGUCAGGCUGAAGUCUCAGAUUUCAGUACAGAUCGCAUUGAUUUUUUUAGCGCCCUAGAAAAGUUUGUAGAGCUUUCCCAAGAAACCCGGUCCCGAUCUUUUUCCCACUCAAGGAUGGAAGAACUGGGUGGAGGAAGGAGUGAGAGCUGUCGACUCUCAGUGGUAGAAGUAGCCCCUUCCGAAGGGACCGCUGAUGACCAGAGAAGCAGCUCUUUGAGUAAUACUCCCCAUGCAUCUGAAGAAUCUUCAAUAGAUGAGGAACAGUCAAAGGCAAUCUCAGAACUGGUCAGCCCAGACAUCUUCAUGCAAUCUCACUCAGAAAAUGCAGUUUCAGUCAAAGAAAUCAUUACUGAGAUUGAAUCCAUCAGUCAAGGAGUCGGACAGAUUCAACUGAAAGGAGACAUCUUAUCUAACCCAUGUCAUACACCAAAGAAGCACACCAUCCAUGAGCUGCCCCUUGAGAGGGCUCAGGCCCUGGAGAACAAACCUGGAAAUCUGGAGCAGAAGGAGGGUUCCUUCACAGCCCAGCCUGAACUAGCCAAAGACUCAGGGAAGUGGGACCUAGAAGGCUGCUUAACUAUACACUCAUCCACCACAGAGUUGGAAGAAGAGGAACCAGCUGAGGAGGAACAAGAGCUCUGGGGCCCAGGAAUGCAUCCAGGUGCCAAGUGGUACCCUGGGUCUGUGAGGCGAGCUACCUUGGAGUUUGAAGAGCGCUUGCGACAGGAGCAAGAGCACCAUGGUGCUGCCCCUGGUUGUACCUCAUUGUCCAUUCGCAAAAAUUCCAAGAAUGAUUCUGCUGUGGCAGACCUAGCACCAAAAGGAAAGAGUGAUGAAGCUACCCUUGAACAUUCUUUUGUCCCUAAGGAACCAGAGAUUAGCAAGGGCAAAGGGAAGUGCAGUGGGUCCAAAGCUGGCUCCCUACCCCAUUCUGAGCAAGAUGCCAUUGUUCCAGCACCUGAGCUGCUGGAGUUUCAGGAGCACCCAGGGUCAGAUACUAGUACAAAGCAGGGAGGAGUCCUGAAGGAGCAGAGGACUGUGGUUUCAUGCCAGGGAUCUGAGACACAGGCAGUCCCUCUUUCCCUUCCCAAAAAGGUGGAAAUCAUUGAGUAUACCCACACAGUUACAUCCCCCGAUCACCCUGGGCCAGGGAGUGGAAGAGCCACCAGCAAAAAGAGUGGGGAGCAAGGACUGAGGAAAGUGAAAGUGGAGGACUCCAUCACCAUCCUCUGUGCACUGGAUGAAAAUCUGAACAGGACUCUGGGCCCCGCCCAGGCUCACCCCAACGUGCUACCUCUGCCUCAUUCUUCCCCUCCUGAGCACGACAGUCCCACCGACCUGACCUCCACCCUGAGCAGCCCUGAAGCCUGGGACGACAGCCUCUUGACAGCCCCGGAGACAGGAGGGCCUUUUGUCAGUCACCCAACCCACAUCCCAUCUGCCAGCUUGGAUUCAGCACAUCCGCAGACUGUAGUUCACCUGGAAGGCUUCACAGAGCAAAGCAGCACCACAGACAACGAGCCCUCUUCAGAGCGGGGGAGCUGGGAAGAAAGUCAGGAGGGCCCCUUUUCCAGUGGCAGUGAAGUACCGUCCAAGGACCCCCAGUUAACUAGUGAAGACCUAAGCCAACUCAGUGACAAUAUUGGGGAGUUACAAGAAAAACUGGACCCAUUACCUGUAGCCUGUCACCUCCCACAUAGCUCUAGUAGUGACAGUAUAAAGGGUCUCAGCCAUAGCCCCAGCGUGGUGAAGGAGCGCACUAAAGAAAUCGAGUCCCGAGCGAUUUGCCAGGGAGGGCUCACCAGACCAUCCCAAAUGAGGCAUUCUGCUGCGCUCGCCAAGUUAGGUUACUUGGACCUCUGUAAAGACUGUUUAUCGGAGAGAGAGCCUGUCUCCUCUGAUACCCCUCAUCUCAAACUGCUUCAGCCCUUCAUCAGAACAGACUCAGGCAUGCAUGCCAUGGAGGCCCAGGAGCCCUCAGAAAACCCAGAUGCCCCCCAGAACCUAGAGCCCACCAAGUAUUUUAUAGAGCAACUCAAAACAACAGAGUGUAUCGUGCAGAGCAAGCCAGUGGAGAAGCCCAUCGUACAGUAUGCCAAAGAAUUUGGUUACAGUCAGCAGUGUUUGCUCCCCAGGGCAGGACCCGAAUUGACUAAUUCUGAAGGAGGCCUUCCUUUGCCACAACCCCAGGGGCUGCAGUGUGCAGGCCCAGCUCCAGGGCUGGCUGUGACGCCCCGUCAGCAGCACGGCAGAACUCACCCCCUUAGGAGACUGAAAAAAGCAAAUGAUAAAAAACGGACAACCAACCCCUUCUAUAAUACCAUGUGAUUCUGAGCCUACACAUGUGACUUUCUGAAAGAAAUGUUUGUAAAAGGGGCAGGUGUAAUAUGUAAGGAACAUGCACUUUAUUGGUUAAUUUUAUAAUAUUUUGGUCAUUUUACUGUUCCUGGCGCAUGCAGGGUUUGGGGUUUUUUUUUCUCUGUGUAUGUGUGUGUGAGAGAGAGAGAUUGAUUUGGACAGCAAGACCAUUUUAGCAUUUUUUAUUUUUAGAAAAUUCAAACCUCAAAAAAUACUCAUUUUCAAAGAGCACCUUUAUCAAAGGCAAAUUGCUGUUUUUCAAUCAGCUCCCACCUGCUCCUCAUUUGCCCUUUGAGAAAAAGGCUGGAAAUCGGAAAUGCCCCCCUGGGCCUGUGUGGUGAUGGUUUGGGCUUCAGACCUGAUGCAUGGGAUGGGGCUGAAGGACAGCCGCAAGUCUGCGUGCUCUCAGCCUUGGGCCCUGGCCCACUGAGAGUUCCCAAAGUGGGCAGGUUCUGCUUUGCUUUCAAAGGGGGGUCUUCCAGAAGCCAAUUCUUCUGGAUUCCUGAGUCCUGAGUCUGUCAUUAUCGAAAGGCAUGAUACUGGCUGGCUUUGUAAACUUACCAAGCAGAUAGUUUCCCCCCCACAAGCACAUAAUUUUUAAAUUAAAACCAAACCCCAAAUGAAAUCUAAGAGAUCUGUGUAGAGGAAAGCAUAUGAGGAGGAGGAGGCAAAGUCUGCAGAGGCUGUGGCCCAGUAUCUUCCGGGUCAGUGGGCUCCACAUAGCCGGUCAUCCUGGCCCUCCCUGCCAGGAAGUGGGUUCUGCAACAUCCUUUCAACUAAAACAAUAGGGACAAGUUUGAAAAACAGCAAUUGAAAGUCAGUGUGUUCUUGUAAAAUGAAUACGUACGUAGGGUUUUAACACUUCCAUUACUUGAAUAAUUCUGUGGGCCUUCUGAGUUUAAUGGCCGUAUUUUUUUCCUAUUUACUUUCCUCCCUCAUGCUGUUGCUCCCAGUGCUGCCCUUUUUUUAAAUUUCAUAGAUGAUAUUUGAAUUGUUACAUUACUUACGUAUAACCUCCGUUGAAUGCAAAGUUUUCUUAUCAAUGUUAACACUUGACAUGGGAUUUUUUUUUUUCUUUUCCUGGAAGAUUUGUCAUUUCUCGAGUUUAUACACAGUAUUUAUGUACAUAAUGUCACUUUCUUACAGUGUUUUGUUGAUGUCGUCGUAGGAUCUUUUUGAUUUAAUCUUUUUAAGAAGGAGUAAAGCUGCAACUGGAGAAAACACAGACACCACAGAAAUAAAACUGAUAGGUGCUGGUAGGAAUCUGCAGAGUAUAUUGAUGGUGGUUUUAAUUGUUUAAAUGGAGACUUCUGAUCGCCAGCCCCUGCCAAAGUAUGUGUUAGUAACUUCUUCCUCAGAGAAACCCCUAAAGGCUCCCAUUAGAUCACAGUUUGACUGAAAGCCGAUUUCUCUUUGAGACUGAAAUCCCAGAGCGGAUUGUUUGCCAGGAGCUGAACCACAGCCAGGGAGUAUAUGUGAGUGUGACUGCUGCCCCCGGGGGGAAGCUUCUCAUGGAUUGGGCCGAAGCGUUCAUCAGUAGGAAGGCCCCCGCCAAGGGCAGGCACCCACUGUGACUCCAUUUAGGAUGCUUUGGCUUUGCUGCUAUUAUGGAGAUCCUUAACACGGGAGCGCUUGCCAUAAAAAGCCUAUUUGGGCUUCUCACAGAAAACGUUUAGCCUGGAAUGAGAUACCUUCUGCAGCUCAUCAAAACUGAGGAGGUUUGCACAUUUGCUUCCUGUUUGCUUUGGUUGAUGUCCACGUUGCUGAGAGAUUGACCAAGUACAGACUUGGGCUUUGGUUUUUGGCUCAUCACGGACAGCACUGAGAGGAAAAGACAGAUGCCCAGACUGUCAGAGGGAUGUCAGAGGCCAGAGUUUGGUGGGGGCAGAUAGUGGGGUGACCUCCAGGAGAGAGAAAAGGUGGACUGAAGCCAUUCAUAGGUGCUCCAGGGGAGCUGUGAAUCCAGUUGCUGUGCAGGAGGUGGAUUGGACAGAAACCUCCUGCUCUAAGUGUCUUUAUGAUAUAGUAAUUAUAUGUACCUGUGUAGUCCUUAAAUAGUUUCCUUAAAUGUUCAAAUGUAUCCUCCACACGGCUUUGUGGUUCCUGGAUGUUUAAUGUGUUGUAAAGUGUUUCUGUUAGGUGGUGUGUACCAGUGUGAGGAGGCUUGCAAGACAGGGUUAUGAAUUUCCAGGGCUCAUCCAUCUAAACAGCCCUGUUGAGGCAGUUCCGCCACCACCAAUAUGAUAGGGAAAGGACAGGAAGUUGGGGCAGGGGCAGGAAGAGAAGGAUUUGCACGGAGGUGAAGAGAGUGGUGUCCCCUCAUUAAUCCUUUGAGAUGGUGACAUCCCUCACAUUAAGAAGUACAAGCAGGAUCAACAGUAUUGCACUGUUCUCUCUGCUCCCCUGCAACUGUGGUUACUGCUCACUCUCCCUGCAUUAAGUAGCAACAGAGGUGGGGAGGAGAUCCUCUAAUGCUGUGAAGAAAACUUUUCUUUAAAGAAAAAGGAAAUAUUCUUGCUCUGUCUUCCUUUUUUUAAAUGACAUUCUUGGUUAUCAUGUAAUUUACCUGCCUCAAUAAACAUCCUCCGUUUGGGGUUUGUAAUUCAACCAUGCCAUGGGGUUUUGCCAGCCUCUCAAACCCCCACAACUGAGUGUUCUUGUGUUAUUUGCAUAGCUGAGCGAUGUCCAGGGGAAGUACGUGAUGAGCCAUCAAGGACUUCUCAGACUUUCUUGUCCUCAGACUUUUUGAUAAUCUCAGGUGGCCUAUUUCCCUUUUCUGUUCAUGGAAAACUCAGACCCAGAACAGCAGGUCUGGUAGGUUGACAGAAAUGAGUAGGAAAAGUUGACCUCUUGUUCAGUGCCUCUCUUUAUCCUUAUUUUGAAAACCCCCAUAGUCUGACUGUCAGUUACUCUGGAGGAGAGAGAGAAAGAAAGAGCGCGCGUGCGUGCGUGUGUGUGUGUGUGUGUGUGUGCAAAAAUAUUUUAAAAAGUAACAUUUUGGUGCAUGGGGUAGAAGCCCCAGGAGCAUGCAACUUUUGAGCUGUAAUCUGGAGGGUUACCAGUCAGUAGGAAGGAGAGAAACUUCAACCAUUUCCUGAUUUUAGAAACACUUAGGAGUAGUAUAUACUAGAGUAGACCUAUAGUACUGUACUAUAGUAAUCUUCAUCUCUCCUCAUUUUGGUUGCCUUUCAGAGUCUUAAUGUUUGGGAUCAUUCUUAGCACCCCAGUUUCUCCAGGCUCUUUAUCUAGCAUUUUCCUCGUUCUGUACCUUUAUCCCAACUCUUUCUCAUUUGGGAAACUACCAAGAGCUCCAAGGACAACCUGAGAAUGACAGCCCAGGCUCUGAGGUCCCCUCUGGCUCAAGGGCCCCAGAUAGAUACUUCUGGAUAGACCUGAAGUUUCUCAGACAUAGCAGCUCAUAAAAAUCUUCACCUGUUCCAUCUGAGGAUUUCAGUUUUAAAGUGAUCUAGGCAUGUUUGGUAGAGAUGUUUCUAUGGGAGUUUUUUUUCUUUUAAGAAAGAAAGCAUUAUGCAAAGAGGGUCACUUUUAAGGGCAUUUUAAAUUUUUAAAUAAAGCCAUUCUUUGGCUCUUUUUGACAACUAUUUGUGGAUACUUUGUUUACAUUGUAAUAAUUAAAACAUGCAUCCUCUUGACAGCCACUCGGUCCCCUCCUCCAGGCACCCAGCCCUGGCUGUCCUUUGGAGUCCUCACGCAGAGCAAGGCUGUGGUGGUCAGCCCUUACUCAAAGGGAGCUGGGGAGGACCUGGACCUGACUUCCAUCUGUGUCCUGCACUCCCGUUCAACACUCUGUGUGGAAAUAGCCCUUUCCUCAGUCAGUGAUGGUGUGUCUUACAGUGAUGGUUAUAACGGUGAAUGGCUAGUGUCAUUUUUGUCUAAAGUUUGUUUUGCUUUUUGAUGGUAGAUGAAAUUUUAGCUCUUUCAGCACCAAUCCAACUUGAAAGGUAUCUUGGACUUUGUUUUCCCUUCCAGACUAAAAGAUCAAGGCAUGUAUUAGGCAUAAAUGUAUUUGCUGCCUCAACUCAUCUGACACCCAUAUUAGGAAAAAGCCUGCCACCAAAGCAGGAAACUGCACACUCCUAACCCCUGUCCCAGGGCUUUGGGGUCCCUUGAUGCCGUGGAGAGCUAUUGCAAGGUGCUUGUGUACUUGUCCAGCCUGGAAGUGGAGGGUGACUGGGCCUGGCUCCUGCUAUGAAAACAAAACCAGCCUCAUUUUCUCAGUGCCCCAGAGAUCUAGGACAGGAUUUCUAAACUGGAAUCAUCCCGCAUUGGCUGGAAGAUGCCUCAGAGGGUAUAUGACCAGUGCUGCCAUCUGGGUCCUCACAGCGACCCUGGUGGCAGCGUCAUCUGUACACCCGCAGAGCUAAACCCAGGGCUUCAUUCAAGCUGAUGACCCAAUCUGGAAACGGGAACUGGCCCUGAAAUGAUUCUCAGUCAACAGGCCCACAGCGAAUUGUUUGGUUUUUGUGGGUUUUGUUUUGUUUUGUUUGGGUUUUGGUUUGCCUGGCAUAGCUUAAGGUGCCUUUUUUUUUUUCCUUUUCUUUCUACUUUAUUUUGUAGGACUUGUUCUAAAUGUAGAAAACAAGCCCAAAAGACUCUCCCACUGACUGUUACCUUUGCCCCAGGCCAGUCCGAACUUUUAUGCUCACAUUUUAAUAAAUAAAGCAGGUGCUCCCUGGAAUCUCUGGGACCUUUUUGAGGCAUUUGAAGCAGAAUAUAAAGAGUGGUCUCAUCUCCUUCCUUAAUCUUCCUGGUGGUUGGGAUGUUCCACUUGUAUCAUAGAUUUUUUUUAUUACUGAUGUGCUCUGCUGUUUUUAAAUGUGAACUUGUGCGCAAAUGUGCAGAUUCAAUGUUCUUGUUACAGAUUAAAUAAAUUUUUAUUUUGAAGAUGA